GGGCAGGAGUAGUGAGUUCUGUAUCUAUCUCUGGUGCAGAUGCUUUCUGUGAUUAAAAGCAAUUCUGUCGUCCUUUUCCUGCUUCAAUUUUACCACUCUAAAACUUCACUGUUAAUCAGCUUGCUUUCUUGGAAAAUAGCAGUGCUUGGGCUCCAGAUUUGGGUCUGGGAGGGCUGUGUGGCACUGGAGGGUGCAUGCACUGCAGUGCUGCUCAUCACCCACAGUUGAGACUGUGUUUUCUGACAGUGAUUAAUUGUAUGUUUUAUAUAUUCAUGAAAUGAUAGUAGCGCAAAAUUAAAAUAGGAUAAGAGUUAAAUUUAUUUUUUGAGAGCAAAGGAAAACAUCCCAUUUGGAAAACAGAACAUAAAAUGUGUAGGAAGAUCUUAGUGGCAUCGGGAGAGCCAUGUGCAGUUCUGCCACAGCUACGAGGAGGUGGAAGUUGGUGCUGUCUGAGCUCCUCUUAGCAAACUUGUGUUCUGAGAUUAGGAACUUCCUAUCUAUACUGAGAUCUCCCUUAUAAGAGUUGAAUCUCUCUCCUGCUGAGCAGCCCCUGUGUUGGUCCAGCUCCCAGAGCUGCUCAGGUUCCGUUAUGGUUCCCGGAAUGCUGGCAGAAGAACAGGACGGUUUGCACGGCGCUCAGGAAGGAAUGCAGCACUUUGGCCUCUUCCCUUGUGCACCUGCCCCGGUCACAAGGAGGAACUUUUAACUUGUCAGAUGAUCACAAAAAGGACAUUGUUUAAACAGGUUACAGAUCAGGCCUAGAGCAUGAGCUAUGUACACAAAGCGUACUUUCUGCUAAACCCACCCAGUUUUCUUAUUACUGAAACCUCUAAAAAUGACUCAGCCUGGAGUUGUGGGAUAUUUUGAGUUCAACGCUUCACCGCAGCCUCCUGGUUAUUUAACCUUCUUUUCGUCAGCUUUACAUUCAUUAAAGAAAGAUUACCUGGGAACAAUACGCUUUGGAGUGAUCACAGACAAACAUGUUGCAGAGGAGAUCUCGUUGGUGCAUCCAGGCAGUGUGUAUUUGCACAGACACAUCAACACAUCUCUUAUCUAUCCAAAUGGCAUCAUGAACUAUACAGCCGAGAAUGUAUGCAAGUGGGCUCUAGAAAAUCGAGAGCUGCUCAUCCGCUGGCUGAGACCACAUGGUGGAAAAAGCCUUCUUCUGAACAACGAGCUGAAGAAGGGGCCGGCACUUCUCGUGUUUAUACCUUACAACCCCUUGACAGAAAUUCAGCCUCUUUUAGACGAAAUUACCAAAGUGGCCUUGGAAUACCACAGCUGUAACAAAAGCCAGGCAGCUGAACCAGAGCUUCAGCACUUAGGGAACAGUGAUUCACCAGCUUCCGAUUCCUCUGAUCCUGAUGCACAUAUGAAAUCAGCAGAAACAUUUUUGAUAACCAAGUACCCGUGCUGUAACACGGUGGUGCUUCCACAGUGGCACUCGAUAUCCAGAACUCACAAUGUGUGUGAGCUUUGCAUUAACCAGACACUUGGUGUCAAACCAGAUAAAGUCAAUGUGCCACACUGUAACUUCUUUGAGAUAGAAACAGCUUUGGACUCUUUCUACCUCCAGGAACACACCUUUUUUCAAGUUGUUUCAAAUAGCAUUGAAUGCAGCAAUUUCCUAAGUUUCUAUAGCCCCUUUAGCUAUUACACUGCAUGUUGCAGAACAGUUGAUAGACAUUUUUUAAGUUUCAUUAGUUCUGAGAAGACCAUCUUUCAGACCCCUAAAGUUGCAUUUUCUUCCCAUGGGAAGAAAGAUAAUGCUGACGUCCAGAAUUCUAUUCCUCAUAUUGAGGAUAGGAACUGCUUUAUUCCUGACCUUCAUAUUAGUGGCACUAACAUUACCGGUCUGAGCUGCAGGACCAACAAAACCUUGAACCUCUAUCUGCUGGAUUCAAAUCUUUUUUGGAUAUAUGCAGAGAGACUAGGAGCAUCAAGAUCGACUCAUCUUAAGGAAUUUGCUGCCAUUGUUGACCUGAAAGAAGAGCUGCACUAUGUCCUUGAUCAGAAUCAGUCGCUUACAGGAUCUACCCUGGAGAACUUCAUAAAAAAUUUCAGCAUUCUCUACAGUCCUUUGAAGAGGCAUCUCGUGGAUGGCUCCUCAGUCCGUGUCCCUGCAGAGCGUGUUGUGGUUGAAGUGACCACCAGCACCUUCCAUCACGUCGUGUUUUCAAGUGAAAAGAACGUCUUGCUGCUCUAUUAUGCACAGUGGUGUGGAUUUUGUGCUUCUCUCAAUCAUAUCUUUAUUCAGCUUGCUCGGCUUUUGCCUCCAGAUCAUUUCACUGUGGCAAGGAUUGAUAUCACUGAAAAUGAUCUUCCUUGGGAAUUUAUGACAGAUCGUCUCCCAACCAUUUUAUUUUUUCCUCAUCGGAGGAAGGAUCAAAGUGUGAAGUUCCCAGAAGACUUUCCAGUUAGCCUUCCUCAUCUUCUUAAAUUUAUUUUACAUCACUCAAGUCUUUCUUCAUCAGAGCCCUGCACCAAAGAAUGCCUCCAUAAAGAGACAGUUUUACAGCAAGGACACAUCUCUCACUUGGAGAAAGAAAUUCAGAAGUUAAGAUCAGAAAUCAGGGCCCUGCAUCGAGCCCAUGAAUCCCUUGAGGCACAGCUUUCCAAAGCUAGAAGAGAAGAACAUCGACUACAGCAGCAGAAGCACACACUGGAAAAGCAGCACAAGACUCUGCAGCUCCACAGCCAGCAGUUACAGGCAACAUAUGAUCAGAAGAAUCGGGAAUUAUUAGAAAUGGCUGAAAAGCUUCAAGAACUGGCUGACGCAUCAGAAAACCUCCUUAAGGAGAAUACAUUACUGAGAAUCCUGGUGGCAUCAAGGGACGGAAAGCUACAGAGCAAAGAUGAAUCUAAAGAAGCCCUUCAGUCAGAGCAAACAGUUGCUGAUGACAGCAGUGUAUUAGUUUCAACAGCUCUUACCACAGAGGAAAAAAGGAUUGAUCAUGUUGAUACUGUAGCAACAGAGCACAGUAGUGAAAACAGGACAGAAUGAUUGCUUACGUGAGGUCAUGAUGCCGUACUGAGUAGGUAUUUAUGCAAAUUUCAUUGAAAUCCAUUGUAAAUAAAGACUUCUUACCCCACAUGAUCUAGUAAAAGAAAAUCAAAUGGAAUAUUUUUGUAUACUUGAACAACUUAUUAGCUACCCCAUUCAAAAGCAAAGAGGAGGAGUACGGAAAACUUUCUGCACUUUACUAUUGCACUAACUUGCAAACACCUAUCCAUUUGAAAUUAAAGAUGCUGAUGUUUAGGGGCAGCAGUAUAAAGCAUCUCUAAGGACCGAUUAUUUUUCCACCAGCUUUCUCUAGCAGCUGCUAGAAGAAGAGUUAGACCUUUAAUUUACAUUUCUCCAUAAAUUUCUGAAAUUUGCCCUUUUCACUGCAUUGUUUGCAGAAUUAAAAUGAAAUACUUCACCUCUGUAAUCAGUGAACUUGAACGGACAAACUACUUUAUUCAAGAACUUCAGCACUUUGUAUCACUUUUGUAUACCAGCUACCUGACUGUCUUGAAAUCUGCAAGAGCCAUGUGUGAACUGUUAUCUAGUGAAACAAAACUAAAGAAAAAAUCUUACUGAAUUAA